AUGAAGGCCACCACCUUGGCAACCCUGGCCGUAUCGGCGCUGCUCUCCGGCGUCUCGGCCAAGGAGAUCGCCCCUAGUGAGCUCGUCUCCGAGAUCUACGACAGCGGCGUCAUCCACAAGGACAUCAUGGCCCGUAAGAAGGCAUCAUGGGACCGCCAGAUCGAGAGCGGAGAGAUGGAUUCCACCGCCUACCGGAGCCGCCUCGCCGAUGAGGGCCCCGUCGCCUGCGUCAACGGCGUCGCCGCCGUCGUCCCCGGCGACGCCAACAACACCUUCAAGUGCAACAAGGUCGACUUCUACGACUUCAAGAGCCACGCCGACCUCGGGUCCCGCGCCGGCCAAGGGUCCUCGUCCUGGGGCUGGACGAGCCCCGACGGCCGCGAGUUCGCCAUCAUCGCCCAGGCCGACGGCGCCGCCUUCGCCGAGAUCACCGCCGACGGCAAGCUCGUCUACCUCGGCCGCCUGCCCCAGUACUCGACCCAGUCCAUCUGGCGCGAGCUGCGCGGGUACAAGAACUACGUUGUCAUUGGCAGCGAGGCCUCUCAUCACGGCGUCCAGAUCUUUGACCUGACCAAGCUGCUGGACAUUGACCCCGCGAGGCCCGUCACCUUCAGCAACCAGCGCGACCUGACAGGCUGGUGGAACGGCCUCCCCGCCGGGUCGACGCACAACAUCGUCGUCAACGAGGAGAAGCAGUACGCCGUCGCCGUCGGCGCCCAGCCGCGCUCCAGCGCCUGCCGCUCCGGCCUCAUCUUCAUCGACCUGAGCGACCCCUCCAAGCCGACGUCGCCCGGGUGCGCCGCCGGCGACGGUUACGUCCACGACGCUCAGUGCCUCGUCUACCGCGGCCCCGACGAGAAGUACUUUGGCCGCGACAUCUGCUACGGCUACAACGAGGACACCCUGACCAUCUACGACGUCACCAAGAAGAACGAGACCAACAUCAUCUCCCGCACCUCGUACGAGGGUGCCAGCUACACCCACCAGGGUUGGGUUACCAACACCGAGUGGCAGGAGUUCCUCGUGCUCGACGACGAGUACGACGAGGUCGACGCCACCGGCCCCGCGGCGUCCGGCUACCCCAUCACCUAUUUCUGGGACAUUAGGAGUCUCGAGAACCCCAAGCAGACCGGCUUCUACCGCAGCGAGGCCUACGGCAUCGACCACAACCAGUUCGUCAUCGACGGCCUCGCCUACCAGAGCAACUACGGCUCCGGCCUCCGCAUCCUCGACGUCUCCUCCCUGCCCGAGGACCCCACCGGCAGCAAGGUCUCCGAGGUCGGCUUCUUCGACAUCUACCCGGAGAACGACAACGAGCCCAGGGGCGGCUCCAUCGACUUCGUCGGCACCUGGAGCCACUACCCCUACUUCAAGAGCGGCCACAUCCUCGUCAACACCAUUGAGCGCGGCGCCUUUGUCGUGAAGCGCGCCGCUUGA